AUGCCGCGGUUGUACAGCCAUCCGGUGGUGCACCCCCACCCGGUGGUGGUGGCGGCGCCGCCAGCGCAGUGGCAGGCGGCAGCGCCGGCGGCAGAGGCGGCGCAGGGUGACGGGGCGAACGGGGACGGGAACGCGCCGCCUGGGGUCAUUAUGAGGAACAGGGGGAAGCGGUGCCGGCCCGGGAUGCGCCUCGCACAGGCCGCCUUCGCGGCCGCCGCGGUCGCCGCCAUGGCGUCCACCCACGGAUUCGCCUCCGUCACCGCGUUCCGCUACCUCGUAGUAGCAGCAACUGUGCAAUGCCUGUGGAGCCUCGUUGUGGCCAUUGUGGAUCUCUAUGCACUUCUUUUCAAACGUUCCUUCCGAAAUGCCCGAGCUUUCAGCAUGCUUGCCCUUGGGGACUGGGUUACAGGAGUAAUGAUCUUCAGCGCAGCGUGUGGAUCAGCAGGCAUCACUGUUCUCCUUGACAAUGAUCUCAGAUCUUGCCUGGGAAAUCACUGUCCAAGCUUCAUGACUGCUACCGCCAUGGCUUUCUUGUGCUGGUUUGUUCGUGUACCGUCCGGUAUCGCGAGCCUUUGGUGGGCGGUCUACGAAAUACAAAGAUCCUAG